CACAAAUGUCGUAGUGAUCUUGAAUAUGUUAUGCACAGCUAAUACGUAAAAUUUUGUAAAGUAAUUAUGUCGUAUCUAACAGGAGGUAGACUAAAUGUCGGACUUAUUCAGGAACAGGCGAGGAACCGAUUGCUUUGUCUACUGGAAAAAUGCGAUGGCCCAAAGGCUAUUAUAUGGGAUCAGUCAUUAGCCGGACCGAUUGGUCUGGUCGCUAAGUAUAAUUUAUUAGAAGAGUACGGUGUUGUGAAAAUGUAUCCAUUAUAUGGUGGAACUUUGACAAUACCAUCUAACAUUGCCAAUGUCAUAUUUAUUUCGAGGCCACAGUUGGAGCUUAUGGAUCUAAUUGCCGAAAAUGUUCACGGAGAAGAGGGUAAGAGACCGCGUAAAGAAUUUCACUUAUUCUUUGUGCCGCGCAAGAGUCUACUUUGUCAAAAGAAGCUUCAAAAUCGCGGUGUGUUUGGCAGCUUUACGCUGAUAGAAGAAUUUAAGUGUGAUCUUUUUCCAUUUGAUAAUGAUCUGCUCUCAAUGGAACUUAGCGGAUCUUUUAAGGAAUUCCAUUUGGAAAAUGAUCCUACUUGUCUGUAUCAAGUCGCGCAAGCCAUACAAGGCUUGCAAAAGUUAUACGGUAAAAUCUCGAAAGUCACAGGAAGAGGACCAGCUGCCAAUAAAGUUUGGGAAUUGCUAGAGAGACUGAAUAGAGAAGAGGAAGAUAAUAAAUCACUCCCUGCAUCGUCUGUAGCCAUUGAACAUUUAUUAUUAUUGGAUCGAUCUGUAGAUUUACUCUCACCUUUAGUUACACAAUUGACCUACGAAGGAUUAAUUGAUGAAAUAUAUGGAAUAAAAUACAAUACUGUGCAAUUACCUGCAAGAAAGUUCCAUGACUCAGAUGACUCUCCCACAGCAAUGUCUUUGAAUGAAAAGGAACAAAUUAUAUUGAAUUCAGGAGAAGAACUUUUUGCUGAGAUUAGAGAUAAAAAUUUUAACGGCGUUGGACCAGUUCUUAGUAAGAAAGCCAAAGUGAUUUCAUCUCAAUUUGACGAAAGGCACGGAGAUAAGAGUGUGCAAGAAAUUAAGCAGUUUGUUGCAAGAUUACCACAUAUGCUAGCAACAAAACAAUCUUUAGCAAGGCAUACCACAAUCGCUGAGAUGAUAAAAGAAGUGACCGACUCAAGCAACUUUCUAGAAUCAUUGCAAAUCGAACAAGAAUUGUUAAACUGUAUCGACACGGACAAACCGAAUGCGUAUAUCGAAGAUAUGAUAGCACAGCAACAACCGUUAUUGAAAAUUUUACGUUUGCUUUGCAUACAAUCGUUGACAAACUCUGGUUUAAAACCAAAGUUGUUAGAUUACUACAAAAGAGAAAUAAUUCAUACAUAUGGAUUUCAACAUUUACCAACUUUAUUAAAUCUGGAAAAGGCUGGUUUAUUAAAACAGCAGCAAUCGGUACGACAAUAUGCAGUAUUAAGGAAAGCAUUAAGGCUCACUGUUGAAGACGAGAGUGAAGUAACACCAAAAGAUAUUAGUUAUGUACAUUCCAUAUAUGCACCACUGAGCGUGAGAUUGGCGGAACAACUAGUACAAUCAAAUGGAUGGCAAGGAUUGAACGAUGUGAUGGGAUUAUUGCCAGGUCCUACCGUAAGCAGCGUGCCAUACAAUGUUUCAACAAGACGAAAUUCUAUUACUAGCGAAGACUCUAGUUCGGAACCACCAAAAUUAAUUCUAAUAUUUUUCAUUGGAGGAUGCACCUUCGCCGAGAUAUCUGCUCUUCGGUUUCUAUCGCAACAGGAAGAGCUAAAUGUCGAGUUUGUUGUGGGAACUACAAGAUUAAUCAAUGGCAACACAUUUCUUACUUCUUUGAUGGAAAAUUUAGAACAGACAUGAGAAGAG